GUCACUAGGCAACAGCUGCACGAAUCCAGGGAAAACAUCCGGAAAAGAUCCUCGAUUGUUUUUCUGGUCUUUUGAACGCAGAACAACCGAAGACGCUUCAGAAGUUCUGAGCGACAAAUCUACUAAGACAUGACUUCUUCUCUGCCUUUACUAGAUAACAGCGAUCCUGCUCCGAAACUCCAGGUGGAAAAUAAAGUAAAAAACAUUUUUGUAACACAGCCGCAGGACACGAGACGCAGAAGGGAAGAAAAUCACAUACCUGUUGUGAAAGAGUCUUCAAGCAGAGACUUGGAGGCAGGAGUGACUGCUUUGCAAAAGACCUUGGUUCUGAAGAAACAGGCCGAGUUGGAUGAGGUGGAGAAGCGACUUGCACUUAAACGGCUAGAUUUUAAAGCCUGCAUGGAGGCUCUAGCACAGCGAAGGUCUGAACUGGAAAUAAAACUACAACAGACUAAAGAGAAGAUACUGAAAUUUGAAAAGUUCGUAGCUGAAAAUGAAGCAAAGCGACGCAGAGCACUGAAGAACUAUGAAGCUUCACGGGUGCAAAACAUUGUGAAACAGAGCCAGAUAGAAGAUUUGACAGAGCACCUUAAAGAACUCAGAGACAGAAGGCAACUUUUAAAGGAGAGAGUGGCAAAAUACAAAAUCUAUGAUGAUUACUUGAUGAAAACACGAGAUUAUCUCCCCAGCAAUUAUCUUGAUGAUGGCUCUGAAUCUUUGGUUAUGCCCAUCAUUCGGCGCCAUGAGACACUGUCCAUCACCCACCAGGAGCUCCUGCAACGUUUGGGGCAUAUGGAGGUGGAGGUGGAGCAGGGCCAGCAACAGCUGCAAAACAUGAAGGAGGAACUCAGCAUAAAGAAACUGAUGACCAAUAAGGAGCUGUCUGAACUGCAGAGUGAGUUAGAGACCCUCAAAGAGAAGAACAAGCAGGCGGAGGUUAAUUUACAGAUGGAGCUGGGCUUCUCCAGAGAGAAAAUGACAGAAGUAGGAAGACUGCUCAUGGCUAUCAGCAACCUUGCAGAACAAUGUUACCUACAAGCAUACGGACCGUUGGAAAGCAUGAAUGCGCUGACGAUGCUGAACAUGGUGAAGGAGUACAUUCUGGACAACGCAGACACCGAGAGGAGGGCGAGGAGGCUGAUGGAGUCCGGGAGUGCCAUGACAAGUACAAAGGCUGUGAUGAACAAAAGAGAGGGGGGGUCAAUGAAGAGCUUUGGAAGCAAAACACAAAUCAAAAGUUCAAGUAAAGUCAGCAGAAUGAGCGAGACAUUUGGUUGAUGUUAUGGUUUUAGUAUUUAUCACAGUGCUGCCUCUUGUGGUUUGUUUGUGUGAAGGUUCACUCUUGAGGUGGAAAACAGCACUUUAACCACUUUGUAGCAAAUUAGAUGUCACCUGCUAAAGAAGGCCAUGAAGUGUUACCAAAACCUCCAUUAGGAGAAGCUUAAAUUGUGUUGUUUCAUUAUUUUUCUUACGUUGCUUUGAUUGCUUUUGUAACAGUUUUUCAGUGUUCCACAAAAGCUAUCUGCCAACCUAUCCGAUUAAGUCAUAAUAUAUAGAAAAAUCAAAACACAAAAACAACCCAGCUGCUUCAGAUGAGAUAUUCAUGUUUAUCUGGUCAUCCAAACUUUGCCAGUGUUUAUCAUUGGACUGUGAU